CCGUGGGGAGUUGAAUAGCGGCGCACGUGUUUUUAUCUCGGAGCAAAAAAUACCUUACAUCAAUCAGGCAGGAUGAAGUUGUUCUCUGGUGAUCACUGCGGGCAUCUUCGGUAUGCUCAGUUUUGCGUUCCAGGCGGCAGCGAUUGGGAGCGACUACUGGUACAUUAUUAAGGUGAACAGAACCAACCAGACCAAUACAGAGGUUUUGGAUUCCAAUUUCAUCCUGCCUGAUUGAUGUAAAGUUAAUUUACGAAGGUCAAAAGGUGUUUCACAUUGAACUCCUCCAGCUACUCCGAAACUGCGAUGCACAUGUUGAACAUGCACAGUGUGAGUGUGGUCUUGCUCCCUCUUAGCCUGGUCCUUCUACUGUUUGGAGGAAUCUGUGGCUUGAUCAGUUCUCUGCCCUGGGGCCCCGCCUUCCUCACUAGCACCGUCUCCUAUCUCUUCUUCUGCAGUGUCCUGACCCUCUCCGGUGUCGGCCUGUACAUCAGCAACUCCGAGCAGGCACUGGCAGAGACAGAGAGUCUGGUGGGGGCCGAGCGUCUGGCCCGGGUGGCCAGCACUUCAUUCGAGCUGGUCCCUGGGCCUGGCUGUCCUUCUGCCUGGAGGUCCUCACUGGCCUGCUGCUGGCUGCCCACCCCGCCCUCCUGAGCGGCUCACCGGGCCACGGCAACCCAAGAGCCAGGCCCUACAGAAGUGUCACAAGAACUGUACCUUCAAUUUUCUAAUUAUUUUUAUGCGCUCGUCUCUGGCACCACAAUUGAAUUUCCCUAUGGAGAAAUAAAGUUCUUAAUUACAUAUUUAUUCAUCUUAAA